AUGUCAUUACCUCCCGAAGUGCGCGCCAAUUAUAUUGGCAUCAUCGACUCAAUUCUAGCUCAGAGCGAUCUUUCACGUAUUUCUGAGAAGAAGGUCAGGCAGGGAAUUCAAGCAAAAGUUGAAUAUGAUAUCACACCUCAGAAGGCUGCCAUUAAGGGCUUAAUACUAGAAAGAUUCGACAUUUUCAAUGCUCGGCAACAAGAGUUGGAGUCGAAGACCGAGCAAGCUGCGACGCCGGCGCCAGCCACCAAUGGAUACCAUGCUCCGUCGCCCGAAAGACCUACCCCAGUCAAGAGUCCCGCAAAACGCGAAGCUACCAGUGAAACAGUAUCCGACGUGAUAGACGAAUCCCUUCCCAAGAAGAAGCGAAAAGAACUUAGCGUGGAUGCGGACGCGGCACUUGCAGCAAGGCUUCAGGCCGAAGAGGACAAAAGAGCACGGCCGACGAGAGGUGGCAGCAGCAAAAAGGCUGCACCUGUCAAGAAAAAGACUCCAAAGAAAAAGACGGCUGUUCGAGUUCGCGGAUCAGAUGAAAGUGAUCUCGACGAUUCGCUGACUGAGAAGAAACCUAAGAACACGGGGUUCAAUAAACCAAUGAAUCUUUCAGCGGCCCUUUCAGAACUUCUUCAAGGAGAAACUGCGCUGUCUCGGCCGCAAUGCGUCAAACGUAUCUGGCAACACAUUCGAGAACACGACCUACAAGAUCCAUCUGACAAACGCAAUAUCAUUUGCGACGAAGCAAUGCGCAAAGUGUUCAAACAGGACAAAAUCCACAUGUUCACCAUGAACAAAGUCUUGAACCAGAACCUUUACCCAAUUGACGACUGA